CCAACCGCCGUAAAACAAUAAGAAGAAGAAGAUUACCACCACACGAAAGAUGCUUUGACUCGGAUAACAGACUUUUCGGUUAAUGGAUUAUUUCGGUGGCAUUACAGAUUUUUUUUAAAUAGCAAAUAAGAUUAGUCGACGUAUUAAUAAAGAAUCUAUGUUUUGACCUAAAUGAGGUGUUUUGUUAGCGGUUAGCGCAGUCGGGGGUUGUGGGUGCGGCUCCGAAACUAUGGAAACAGCCGAGAGUCUGUAACAUCAACUGCCUAUGUUUACAAAAAUGACUCCGAUCAACAUUAAAAUGAAGAAUUGUUUUAUGUUUGUAUUACUUGUUUGCGGUGUGUUUGGUGAUCCAGAUGAAGUGAAGAUAGUGAUGGAGGGAGAUUCUGUCACUCUACACACUAAUGUUACUGACAUACAGAAAGAUGAUGAGAUACGGUGGAGGUUUGGUCCCGAUGGCUCUUCCAGUCUUCUAGUUCACAUUGAUCAGAAUGUGCCCUCAUAUAAAGAUUCGGCUGACGGAACAUUUUCUGACAGACUGCAGAUAUCAAACAUUCAGACUGGAGAUCUCACCAUCAAGAACAUGAGAAUCAAACACUCGGGGCUUUAUAAAGCACAGAUAGUAAGACCCACUGGAGUUACACAAAGGAAGUUCAGCAUUGAGGUCUAUGGUGUCCCACAUUUUACUGAUCCCAGUGCAGGUGAAUCCAAGACUGAGUUGAAGACAGAGGGAGAGUCUAUUACUCUAAAAACUGGUGUUCAAACACAGACCGGGGAUCUGACAGUGUGGAGGUUUGGAGAUAAUGGUCUUCUCUUGGCUAAAGAUGAUAAAGAAGACAAUAAGAGUUCAAUAAAUGAAGAUGACGGGAGAUUCAGAGGCAGACUGAUGAUGGAUGAUCAGACCGGAUCUCUCACCAUCAGUGCUGUCCGAAUAUCAGAUUCUGGAGAGUAUAAACUGAAGAUCAGCAGUAACAGCAAACAGACAUUAUACAAGAGAAUUAUUGUUUCUGUCAGUGAACGAAGACUAUCUCCAGGUGAAAAUGUGGGAAUAGCUAUUUUUGUCCUGCUGGCUGCUGCUGUUAUUUGUGUGAUUGUGUAUCGCCGCAUUAAUUAUGAACUACAAAAACGAAAUGUUAAAGAGAAGAUAGUGCUUAAGGGAGGUUCUGUCGCUCUAGAGUGUGAUGUCACUAAACUCCAGUCUGAUGAUGUCAUCCAGUGGAUCUUUAGAGAUGAAACGUACAGAUUCAUUAAGGGCCACAUUGAUGAAGAGAGACUCACAGACAGACUGAAGGUGGAUGAUCAGACUGGAUCUCUCAUCAUCAGAGACAUCAGAACAGAAGACGCUGGACUGUAUAAAGUAAAGAUCAGCAGCAGCAGUCGAGAGAAAUCAUUCCUUCAGCUCAUCACCGGUGGAGGACCAUCAUACUCUCAAUUCAAUCUUAUUGUCAAAGUGUGGAAAUAUGAGAAUGAUUCUGUCACUCUGAACACUGGUGUUACUGAACUACAGUCAGAUGAUGUGAUCCAGUGGAGGUUUGGACAGACUCUCAUCGCUGAAAUCAAUAGAAAGAACAAGUUCACUACAGAUGAUGGGAGAUUCAGAGACAGACUGAAGCUGAAUGAUCAGACUGGAGAUCUCACCAUCAGAGAUCUCAUCACUGAACACACUGGACUCUAUAAACUGAAGAUCAUCAACAGUAGAGGAGCAUCAUGCUGUCAGAUUGAAGUUAAUGUCAGGGAGAGGAUAAGAACAGUACUGUUGGGACGUUCUGUUACUCUAGAGACCGAUGUUACUGAAAUACAGACUGAUGAUGUGAUUCAGUGGAGAUUUGGAGAUGGAGAAACUCCCAUAGCUGAAAUGACUGUAGGGACUGAACCCUCAUAUGACUCGACUGAUGAGAGAUUCACUGACAGACUGAAGAUGAACCCUUGGACUGGAGCUCUCAUCAUCACAAACAUCACGGCUGAACUCUCUGGAGUUUAUAGAGCAAAGAUCAUCAGCAGCAGAGGAACAGAAUACAGAAGAUACAGGGUUUCCAUCUCUGGUGAGUGGAUUUGUUUCUGUGAUUUAUAUCUGACAUGAUGAUGAGAGAUGAUGCAAUGACCAGAAGAGUUUUACACUAAACACUCUUA